AUGAAGCCUAUGGAGGAGGUUACGAGUGUUCAGGACCCGAUGAAUAGGCUUCAGCUUGCGACCCUUUGCCUUGCAAGCCUGCUAAAUGGCUUCAACGACGGGAGUUUGGGCGCAAUACUCCCAUACAUGGAAAGAGACUACAGCGUCGGGUAUGCCGUUGUUUCACUCAUCUUUAUCGGACAAGGCAUCGGAUGCCUAUUCGCAGCGAUAUUCCUUGACGACCUUUACCCGAGCCUCGGCCCAGCCAACGUUUUCAGGAUAGCAAAUAUGGCUGUUCUUCUGGGCUAUAUCCUGAUGGUGGCAGCAGCACCAUUUCCCCUGAUCCCUAUCGCGUUUUCCUUCGUUGGUUUCGGCAAAGCGAUCAACAAGAUUGUGGAGAAGAGUCUUUGCUCCUACUCUCCAAGCGAGUCCAUUCUGCCCGAAAUUAUCUACGGGUGCUAUGGUAUUGGUGCGAUAGCCAGCCCUCUUGUUGCAACAGCCAUGGUGACAGCUGGAGAGAUGCCAUGGAGUCGAUUCUAUAUCAUCAACAUUGGUCUGGCUGUUUCAGUUCUUGCGAUGUCUUCAUGGUCGUUCCAACGUUGCAAAAAGGACCCGAACACAUAUUCCCGGGAUCUAGAGGUGUCGACACCAGGCAUGAUCGCAGGAGAGAUCCCCCAGUCACUUUACACACGGACAGUUCUCCUUACAGCCAUAUUCAUAUUAGCCCUUAGAGGCGUGGAGGCUUCCAUAUCCGGCUGGACCACUGCUUUCCUCAUCGACACCCGCAUGGGGAACCCUCAAUUGCUCGGGUACGUCUUGGCUAGUUUCUGGGCUGGCAUCGCCGUUGGCAGAUUUGGCUCAUCCGACGUCGAAAAAAGGCCCGGCCAAAAGUCCUUGGUCUACGGAUUCAUUAUUCUCACAUCUGCCUUUCAACUGUUAGUCUGGUUCAUGCCUCAUGCCAACAACAUCACUAUUGCGGCCUUUGCUGCUGGUGCAAUGCUCGGCACUAUCUAUCUGCAUGUGGCAGCAAUCUUUAUGCGCCCUAUGGCGGGGAGGGAGUCAUCCAAGGAGAUGAUCACCAUCACCGCGAUUGGAAGCUUGGGGGGCGCCAUUGCCUCUUUUAUUACAGGCCUCCUUGCUCAACUUGUCGGGACGACGGUGUUACACCCAGUGGUCCUGACGCUGUUGGCCACCAUGAUGGUCUCUAGCUAG